CGCCAGCCGCCUCGGGGAGAUGCAGCGCAUCUACAUGCACAGCCACCACGAGCACCUGGAGGUGUUCACCACGGUGCUCGCGCCGCAAGGCCGACAUCCAUACCGAGGAAACGACGACAAGAUGGUAGUAGUGCACAGCUACACCCCCCACUGGCCCGACGAGCUGGAACUGUCCGCCGGUGACGUCAUCGUGGUCCUGUCCCAGGACUGUUCCGGUCGAUGGUUCGGACGCCUGCAGGACGGCCAGCAAGGAUACUUCCCCGCCUCCUGCGUCUUGGAGCUUGGCCAGGAAAACUUUGCGCUCAAAGCUCGUACGAGGAGGAGAAGCGCAUCCCAGAGAGCCGCGUCGUCCUCGGACGGCGACGGGGGAUGCGUACGGCGCAACAGUGCGAGCGGUCACAUUCUGGGGCUCAGAGCCAGCGCGGACGCGGGCCUGUACGCCAGCCCGGCCCCUGCGCGGAGGCCCCCGCCGACCCCCCGCCCCCCUCAGCUGGAACCCGGCAGCCCCCACGGCACCCCUCAGAUGCAGCGCUCCCCGGGCCUGCUGCACAGGAUCCUGUCCAGGUGCCGCAGGAAGAGCGAAUGUCAGGGAGCCACCAACGGGGCCUUCGAGGGGGACUGAAGGGAGCCGACCUUGAAUGGAGCUCCUCACGCCCAUAUUUGGAGUUCCCCAUUUGAUGUGUUAU